AGGCUUACGUCAGUGCAGUAGAAACUGUCAAACAAAAUGAUCGCUGAGGGGAGCGAUCUAAAUAGAUAAUUUUUCAUAUUUUUAAAGUUUUCUUUUUAACAAUGGUGCCUUGAUAAUGCUAUGAUAAUCGUGCGUAAGCAUGAAUAACGAUUCGGUAGAGUUUACGUUGCCGCCGGCGCCACGGGGGCUGUGUUUCGAUCGCAAUGAUUUCGUCAAGACAAACUUCUCAGUGGACAACUUCCUGGCGGACCACCAGAAUGUGGCAUCUCUGGAGACGAUGCGCGAUGACCUGGGCGUGUACCUGAAGGUCCUCAGACUGGCUAUGAUUGAGCUGAUCAACAAGGACUACGCUAAUUUCGUCAAUUUAUGCGCCACUCUAAUCGGUUUUGACAAAGCAAUACUGAAAAUACAGGUGCCAUUGGGACAAUUGAACGAAGAAGUUGAGACUGUUAAACAAUGUUUAGAAGAAGCAAUGAAAGAAUUAUCCUUGUGGCUCAGCCAGCGCCAUGCAUUACAGAAGAAGAAACAACUUGUCAAGUACUACAGCCAGACAGUCAACUGCCUCAACACAUUAGAAAACAUCCUAAGAAACAUCUCUGAUAAGAAAAAGCAGGACCAAAUUCUGCUAGCAGACAGAGCAGCAAUGCAAUACAACCAACUGAAGUUCUCCAUAUCCAAAUGUGAAAGUUUAGUGAAAUCAGAACAGAAAAUGCAAUACAAUGAAGUUGGCAACAAACUAGUGCAAACAUUAAAUGAUUUGCUGUUUCAAUUUUGGAAUGACAAUGAUGAAGAGAAUCUUCUGAAGACUCUCAUUACUCUGGCUUCCUUAGACCGUGUUACUGAAACAGAAAUGCUUAUAAGAAAGCAGGCAGUAGCUCCGUUGUUGCAUGAAAUCAUCAGUGAGCCUGCUCUGCAAAGAAGUCCUGAAGGCCUUCAAGGGAUUUAUGCCCGUAUCUUGUCACUACUGGAGUCAAAAUUGAAGCUACUUUUGACUGUGACACAACAUUCCAAGUUGAUGUUUCUUAUGAAGAAAUUCAGGUUUUUAGUUAACUGUUUUUGGUGUGAAGUUGAGAAUCGUUUAGAGGUGAACUUAGCUUCAAUAUUUGCACCUGGAAACCCUCAAAUUUUCUACAGAAGAUACAGUGAAAGUAUGGAAUUUAUUAAGAGAUUGGAAGAGUAUUGCUCUGACAAGGAUAUGAUCAAAAUUAUGCAUGAAACAAUAGAAUAUAGGAGCUUCCAGAGACGAUGGAACUUGCCAGUUUACUUUCAAAUACGGUUUCAAGAAAUUGCUGGGAGUUAUGAAGCUGCACUUCAGAAGAGUCCAACAGUUGAAGCCAAUGAUGGGUUUGUUCUAAAAGAGACAUAUAAAUGUUGGAUUGCUCUGCAAGAGUGUUGGUCGGAUGGCAUAUAUAUUGAAGCCAUAGCACACAAGUUCUGGAAGCUAUCCUUGCAGUUAUUAUCAAGAUAUGCCACUUGGGCUGGCACAUAUUGCGCACAGAGAAACUCCCCAAAGUUAGAAUUAACCAGUGUAAAUAGAAGCCUCAUAGAUAACAGUAUUAAUAUUCAUGUUGAUAUCCAGAGCUUGUUAAAUAGAUUGCCAACAUUCAUGCAACUUGUUGAAAUUAAAGUACCAAUUGGAAACAAGGAUCUUUUGAGGCAAAGUCUGAGAUAUUCGGAGACUAUGUUGACUGGGACAAAGGAUAAAAUAAGGGAAUGUAUAGUGAACGAGUUGUAUGAUCAUUUCAAUAUGCAGCUGAAGCAAGUAAGCGACAUUCCGCGCCUCUACAGGAAGACCAACCGUAGCGUGCCGACGAAGCCCUGCGCUUACAUUGACGUGAUCACCAAAGCAAUACAUGAGUUCAAUGAGGAUGCCUCGCGGAGACUCGACAACGCAUUUUUAGUUGAACUAUUUCAAGCAUUAUUUAAUAUUAUGACUGUUUCAUACUAUAAAUAUGUUGAGGAUGUUUUAACAUCAGUUCAGAAAACUGAAGAGUCGUUGAGAAGACUGAAACAAAUAAGGGAGAGGACAUCACAACAGAGUAGUGAAAGCACGGGAGUGACGGAUGGCGACAAGAUCCGUCUUCAACUGAAUGUAGAUGUGGUCUCAUAUGGGAAACUGGCAGAGACACUCUGUCUUAAUGUACACACGGUGCACAAGUUCACAGACCUUAACUCUAUGGUCACAGAAGCUGUAAAAAAUAUAGACAUUAAAUGAUAUGCCCAAUUGUAUACUAUUA